GUGAGUUGGAAAACUCUGAUUCCAAACCAAUCGAGCACAUUGGCUCCAGAGACAAAUGGAGUAUGAACCUAUUAUUGGUGACCGGCUACCAUGGGACUGCACAUCUUACGUUGCUUCACUAUCUUGUGGGCCAGACUUUUAAGUCAAAGGCUCGAGGUGUGGCCCCCUAAGGGAACCACCUGCUUUGGUUUCGGCACCCAGGCGGUAUCGCAGCCGUUAAGCAAACAGAGUAAUCUAUUUGGUGCCUCAUUGUGUGUCUUUAAGUAAAUAUAUAAACAUCGCUAGGUCUUUCUGAGUCUAUCAAUAUUGCGGAAAAACUGUUUCUCCGCAACCCUGAUUACUUCUUAAUGUGUAACGGGUUUGCACUUCACAUCUACAUAGCGUAAUUUCUUCCUACACAAUGUACUCGUGGUUAUUAGACUCUUUGUUUAGUAGUACAAUUGAUGUGAUAUCUUCAAACUAGUCUGCACAGACUGGGUACACACUAAAAUUAGUCGUAUAAUAUACAUUUCUAGAGAUUUUACAGAGACCAGUCACUAUGCGUUUGCAUAUUAUUUUAUAGAAGGUGUCACGUACAUAACAGCUGAUGAAGCGCCGCGCUUAUCAGGUCAAAAUAUGGCUGCCCCAGUAGAAAAAAGUAAACGGAUUACUACUCCAUAUCUUACGAAAUAUGAACGUGCUAGAGUUUUAGGUGCACGAGCUCUGCAACUAUCAAUGUCUGCUCCCGUUAUGGUCGAACUGGAUGGUGAACGAGAUCCUCUAAAAAUUGCUGAAAAGGAAUUAAGGGCUAACAAAAUACCUAUCAUUAUUCGACGUUUCCUUCCUGAUGGGAGUUCUGAAGACUGGAGUUUGGAUGAACUUAUUUUGACAGAAUAAAUUCAUAUUUUUUGUUUUAUGCGUGACUUGGAUUGUUCAGUACCGCUGAUAAUCAUGUCUUUCGUCAGCAAUAUUAUCCGCUUUCCCUAAAAGAGAACUUGGUUUAUUUUCAUGGUCAGUCAUAAUCAAUGUACACAUGGGCACGAGCGUAAUUUAGUUCAAGUUGUU